AUGAGCCCUGUCUCAAGCAACGCCGCUCUAGGCCGCAAGCCCCGCCUCAGCUUCCUUUCCGCCGUCGCUGUGAGCGUGAAGGCGGUUCUUGCCCGUUUGUCCACGGUUAGUGGUGGAUUCCACACCAUCUGCACGUAUCCGGGGCCAUCCGCGGACACCAGCAUCUUGCCGCACUGUCGGCUUUGUCUCCGCCGCUCUCCCGCGCCGUCUGGUCGUGGGGCACCCUGGGAGUGUCACGUGGCUGCCGUUGGGCGAGAGUCGUCCUCAGAGAGAGCCGAGGCUGAGACCCAGAUGGGUCUGUGUGCACAGAGGUUCCACGGGAGGCACCAUCUUCAUGCCAGCCGGGCGCUAGGCCCCGGGGCCCCAGAUGUGUUCGGUGGGAGGCAGAAACCCUCCACCACUGCCCUUGCUUAAUAUGCUCCGAAGAUGCAACAUGGCACCCCAAGAGGUGUGUCCGGCUCCCAGAUAAAGGUCAGCCUUAGAUCUGGAGGUGGCUGAGGAAGUCCCAGGGUCCUGAGUCAGUGGCCUUGGGCUCACCUGGGAUCUGGAAUGGCUGGUAUUUCUCCCUGAGGUGGGAACUGAACCAGCUGGGAACUGAUCCCCUGAGGGUUGGCUGAUCCCUAUUGUUUGUGGAUACCAGUGGAGCAGAGAAUGGAGAGUGCCAUUCCCACGUGAAGAGCUGCCCGCCAUCUGCUCACAGUGUCACGGGAGCUGUGUUCUCUCAGCACUAGAGAUCCGGGGCAGGGCUCUGGGACUGGCGGCCCGGGUCCCCUUCAGCUGCUCUGACUGCUGAGAGCUGUGCCCUUGCAGGGUGUGGACCGAGAAGGCUGGCCCCAGUCCCUCGGUGACUUCAGUGACCAGGAGUUUUUCUGUUGAGUUGGCAGAAAAACUGUUUAUCAUUUUCCUCUCCACUUGUCCAUUCAAUAAACUAUACACCACCUCACCUGUGUUUUAAAUCCACAGCAAGCCACGUGCCAGCGAGGUGGGGCAGCGUGAAUGUGGGCCACAGGCCGGAUCCUGUUUUUACCCGUUAAGUCCUUCCAUCCUACUCCUGAGGCUUGGCACAUGGGCUGUUGUUUGAGGUGUUGUGUUCGGACGGAGAUGAACAAGUGCUGGUGGUUGGCUCAGGUUAGGACCUGUGAGAGUCGAGGCUCUGACAGGAACCAGGGUGCCGGAGUGAGACAGGUGCUGAUGUCACUGGGAAAGCUGGGGGGUGGGCUCAGCAGGUACCUGCUUGUGGGACCAGCUGGCCUAGCUUGCAUGGGAUUGAGGGGUUUCCCAGGACAUGGGACUUUGGUUGCCAAAACCAGGAAAGUCCUGGGCAAGCUAGAGCAAGUUGGUCAGCUUGUCUGGGGUGUAAAAUACACGGUAUUGGGACUUCCCUUAUGGUCCAGUGGUUAAGACUCUGCCAUCCAAAGCAGGGGACCAGUUGGAUCCCUGGCAGGGAACUGAGAUCCCACAUGCCUUGAGCAGUAAGCCCGUGUGCCAGUCAAACUGGGUAUCUGUCAACUACAAACCAAAGCAUCGCUGACUUUCUCAACUGGUGAGGUACGAUGCUGCUUAUUAGGGUAUCCUGUGAUGGGCCUGCCCCUGCAUGAAGCCCAGCAGGUGCUGUAGGUCACUAGGAAGACUUGGCCGCUUGUGCUGCUGGCCUAGAUAACCCAGGAGGGCAGAAGCCAAGAGGACCCGCUGAACUCCAGUCUGUGUGUGUCAUCCUUCACUCUCAGCUUCCAGGCAGCGGUCCCUUUUCAGAGGUAUUUGUCAGUCAGUCUACAUGUCUGCUGACAUUAAAAAUAAAGCAGUAGUCCCUGCUCGCUGCAGCCAGAGGAAGCCUGCAUGUAGCAACAAAGACCCAGAGCAGCCAAAAAUAAAAAAUUUAAAGCAAUAAGCAUGCCUCCUGCCAGCAGAAGAGGUUGUGUAUGUGAAGUGGGCCUUUUUGGUGGGAGGGGUUAUGCUUCUUUAUGCCCUGAAAAGCUGGGAAAGUGGGUUUGUCCAAUGACCUUGGCCAGGAAAACCCAUGAACAGGGGAAUCCUUUGCUGCCAGAAGAUACAGAAGCAGAGAAGGAAACGGCCCAUGAUUAGAACAAUAAACGGUAAUCUGCAGGAAAAAUGGCAACUUUCUUUGCUAACCAAGCAUUCCAGGAUAAUAUUUGGCUUUGGUUCAUUAUCAUUUUCUGGGGAAGUCCUCUCAUGCUAUUUUAAAAUUGAGAAAUCUGGGGUUUGGAGAGAUUCAAUAGAUUUUUGCUAAGAGAGCAAAGAGGUGAUGUCGCCACAGUUAUAAAGCAGGUCACACUUGUCCUAAGUCUAUGCUCUUUAUUACUUUUGUAACUGAGUAUGAUAGUAAUUUCCUAAUUGUAUUAUAGAUCAGGGUUGCAUUCAUGGUGUAAAUGCCUUUUAUUCUUGGUGGAUUGUUUUAGACCAGGAGUUUGUACAUUAUGGCCCAUUGCUCAAAUCUGG